AUGGAAGUGAAGGAAGUGGUGUCGAGGAGAAACAUGCAGUAUAUGUGCCAUACGCGCACGCGGGCGCAGCCGUGGGUGAGCGCUGACGGCAACGCGACGACGAGCGUGCUGCCACUGCGGCCUCGGGCGCGCGACGCCGGCCGCCACCUGUGCUGCUCCGGCGACAACCCGCGGCUGCCGGCCGGCGCGCGCCGCGACUGCUGGAAGCUGGCCGUCCGCUACAGCCCCGUCGUGUCUCUGGAGCUGGGCAGCGGCCUCAACGCCAGCGCCAUCCGAGAGGGCGACGACGUCUACCUCGAGUGCCGCGUGCGGGCCGACCCGUGGGUCACCGACGUCGUCUGGACGCACGACGGCAGGCAGGUGCAGACGAACGCCAGCGCGGGCACGCUGCUGAGCAACCUGACGCUGGUGCUGCAGGCGGUGCGCCGGCACAGCGCCGGCCGCUACUCGUGCCGCGUCGCCAACGACGAGGGCCGCGCGGACAGCAGCCCGCUCGCUCUGGACGUCAAGUACGCACCCGAGUGCGCGGCGGGUCAGCAGAUGGUGUGGGGGGCUGCGCGGCGCGAGCCGGUGUCUGUGCCGUGCGAGGUGGACGCUCGGCCACCGGCCACGCUCUUCCGCUGGGCCUUCAACAGUAGCGCCGCCAGCGGAGCUCCCACGGCCGCCAGCGGCGCCGACGCCGGAGCGGGCAGCAGCGCCCCGGUCGCCACGGCGCCCGCCGCCGUCACUACGCAGCCGGGCCGCAGCGUCGCGACGCACACGCCCCUCAGCGACGCCGACUACGGGACGCUGCUCUGCUGGGGCCGCAACGAAGUGGGCGUCCAGCAGCAGCCCUGCGUCUUCCAGGUGGUACCUGCAGGUCCCCCGGACCCGCCGCGAGACUGUCGUGUGUCGUCGCGGUCUGCGACGUCGCUGCAGGUGUCGUGCAUGCGGGGCUCUGACGGCGGGCUGCCGCCGCAGCAGUUCACGCUGGAGCUGCUGGCGGCCCGCGGCGGCCGGCUGGUGGCCAACGUGACCAGCCGCGCCUCGCCGGAGUUCACCUUGGCCGGGCUGGAGCCCGCCACCUCCUACCGGCUGCGCGUCUUCUCCAGCAACGGCAAGGGCCGCAGCGACUCGGCCGCCGAGCUGCAGGUGACCACGCCCAGCGCGUCCACCGGCGGCGGCGGCGGUGGCCUCAGCAGGCCGCGACUCGACCAAGAAGAGGAGCCGCCGGUGCCGGUGGAGGCGCUGCUGUUGGCAGGGGUGCUGGUGGCACUGCUGCUGGUCGGUAUCCCAGCCCUGCUGCUGGCGCUGCGCAUGCGCAGAGCGCGCUUGCGGGCUGCCGCCAGCCAGAAGGAGCCGCCCCCACAGACACCAGCCACCGUCACCACCGAGGACAACCCUGACGUCAUCCCAAAUGAAGGAGACGUGAGCGCCGGGUACCUGGGCCUGCUGAAGCACCCCCUGCCCGCGGACACGAGGCAGCUGGUCAGCGACUCACCCACACCGACGCCGACGCCGCCCUCCGUCGUCUACCCUAAGACGGUCGCUGCAGCCACUCAUGCCUCCGGGCCAGUGGUGCUGGAGGCUGCCUGCUGGCCCGUGCCAGUGCCGGUGGCCGUCCCCCACCCGCAGCCGCUGCUGGAAGCGCGACCUCCGCCCCCGGCGCUGCCGCUGCCGCUGCUCAAGACCUCCGCCGGCGGCUGCAGGAGCCGCCACGACGCGGGCACGCAGACGCCGCACCUGGCGCGCCACAAGGAGAGCGCCGUCUAGCCGAGCGUCCACACCUCUCGCGCCCGAGCUGUCUGCAGCUGCGUUUCUGCGGUUUUACGCAGGAACCAAAAUAAAUGCAGAUGACUCCACUAUCGUCGCAGAAAGUGGGGCAAGUGUGCUUCGCAGUAUAUUCUCGACUGCCCAGUCAAAACAACCAAGAUGGAAAAAACAACAGCGAUUGCAGAUAGAAGAGGAAAGACAGUGGCAAAAGGCGGAUAUAGCGGGACUCCUUCACCACACGCGCCCCAAUAGAAUUCCUGAAACAUCACUUAAUACGAGUGGAUCACAUUGUUUCUAAAGAAAAAAAUUUAACUACGAUAUUUCCUACGGAUAUUUUAAUGGUCGCCAAAUUACAAGCUGCAUUAACAAGUGUCACGAUAUCAAAUUUUGUAAGGUAAUCCAUCGCAGUAACUAUUAUGAAUUCAUAUAGACUUGAACAACGUUAAAUGGAACAUUCUAUUCGUAAAAUGUGAAUUAAUUUGUUAUAAAUGUGAUUAUAAAUCAUAAUCAACUUCAACUAAGUGAACUGAAGAUAUCGGCUGUGAUACCUAUUUUUCUACUGUGUCGUGAAGUAACAAAUCUUUAUUGUGUGUUGAAGAAAUACAUUUUAAAAAUGUUAAAAUUUAAUGAAGAAUCUCCUAUAGACUCAAAUAUGUGUCUCUAUACACUUUCGUGUCGUGCUGAAGAUAUCAGGUCUAUGUUUCAUCAGUAAUUUAUAAGAACUUGCCUCUACGUUGUAACCUGGAGGAGAAACAA